AUGUUUCAUGACUUCACAUCGCUGCAUUAUGUUCCAACAAACAUACGCAAAGUCCGGGUCACUUUGAAAGGGAGAGUCAUCUUGCAAUAUCAAGUUGCGAAACUGGCGCUCAAAAGAUAUAGCUUGGUCAGGACGUUGAUCGGGAUGAUGAAAGGCAGGAUCGUGGUCAGCAAGUAGG